AUUAACCUUCAACUAUUUAAUACUCUAGUAGGUAUUACGAUCGAUUACAUGGAUUUCAUUGAUGUAUUACUUCAAGCCGGCUUAUGUACUGCCGCGGUUGUUGUUUACUUGAUAUUCAUACGAAAGUCUUCUACGCAGAGAGGAUUUUAUCGAGAACCGGGAUGGAAUUAUCCUUUAAAAUUAAUCUUGGCGCGAUACGCCGUAAAACGUUGGAAGUCACGAUUACCAGAGAGGAAUUUGUACGAGACCCCUCGGCCUAACCAAGCAGAGGGUUGGGAUGACAUUUCAUUACGAGCUUCUGCACCAGAUGGUUCAGCGAUCCUGUUAGGCAUACGUAAGGUGUGCGGAAGAAAACCUAUUGCAGAGGUCACAGUUCAUAUUAAAUUACCAGAUGGCAGCUGUUAUAAGCUGCUAGAACAUCCACAAACAGCAGUCAGCGAAUGGGAGCAUAUGGAAAGAGGGUGGAGCGCGGGUGGACUAAAAAUUCAAGUGACGGAACAUCUGAAUCGCUUAAGAAUUAUAUACAAUGGUAUUCUAAGAAGAACUGACGGUAACAAGACGCAGCAUGUGAAAUUUAGUCUUUUAUGGGCGUCCGCAACGAGUGUGGUACAACAUCCAAAAGAUUGGAGCGAACAACUUGCGGCGGAAACUUUGGCUCUCGAGCGCUGGAGAGACGGAAAUUGGUCACAAUUGUUAAAUAAUUGUGGUAAGGGUUCUGGUAGCUGGAUGCAGUGGGGUGCAUUGCAAGGACGUUUUCAAUCCUUUAAUGCUGAUGGGGUAAUCGAGAGGAAUGAAUAUCUUCGUCUAAGAGGAGUCAGAGAGAGAAGUUGGGCACCAGAUUAUAAAGAUAUAAGACGUAGUAUUACUGUGACUGCGGCGGCCCGUGACGGUACUGCUGUCCAAAUUCGAGGAGUCUCUUAUCAUAAUAAUUUUACACAAUGUAUAUCAGGAAGCGUUAGAUUACCGAAUUUUAUGGUGAAAAGCAUAACAUCAUCGGAUUUAAUUAUGUCAGAUUUUUGUGAGAAUCCAGACGGAAUACCUAAUACGUACACGAUUAACGUAAGCACUGCAAAUAAUCGUAACUUGAAAGUAAUCCUUCGUAUUAACAAAGAUGGAGGACGCCUGCUCUCGGGUCCUAAGGAGAUAGUAUACCACACUGUUAAUGUCAGUAUUGACGGCGAACACGGCACUGGUAUUCUAGAAUUGGGAUAUGAAACAUUAGCUGCUAAAUCAGUGGUCCAUCUUAAACCACUACCCGUUUUGAAGAGUCUGAGCGAGAAAGAAGCGGGUGACGUUGGCUACUGCGCCUCGUUCGAAGAGCGGAUCGCAUUUUGUACCAGCUACGUAGGGGGCAAGGGCGCGUCUCUCGCACUACUAGCCUCCGUACAAGAAGAAGAGGGAUACCGCGUUCCUCCGGGAUUUUGUAUAACGACUAAAGCUUUCAUCAAACAUUUAGAAGUCAAUCCUGGUCUCAGAAAAGCGAUUAGUGAAAUUGAAGCUGACAAUGACAACUAUGAAGAAAACAAGUUCAAAGAAAGAUGUCAGAAGGCGUUUGAUUUAUUUGUUUCUACGGCAAUAGUUGAUGAUGUCAAGGACAGUAUAUCGAUCUAUCUAAAUGAAUUGAAAAAGAAAGCCGCUGCCCAAAAUCUCGGAGACAAAAUAAGAUUUGCAGUAAGAUCGUCGGCGGUCGGUGAAGAUAGUGAGGCGCUGUCAGCCGCUGGACAGAAUGAUACAGUUCUUGGUUGUGUGAGCGAUGACGACGUGCUGCGCGGGGUGCGACGGUGCUGGGCGUCCAUGUUCGCAUUCACGAGCGCGUACUAUCGCCGACAGAACGGUCAAGUGUGCGAGUGUGCGGGCGGCGUGGUGGUGCAGGCGCUGGUGGCUCCCCGCGCGGCCGGUGUUAUGUUCACCGCGCACCCGCAGCAGGGUGACCCCACCAGGCUGCUGCUGACCGCCAACUACGGUCUAGGAGAGAGUGUGGUGUCAGGAUCCGUGGAACCAGAUACGAUUAUUGUGAGACGCGAGAUGGACGACAAACUCUCAAUAGCACAGCUCAGUCUUGGGUCGAAAACUCAUAAAGUCACUACGAGCGAAAAUGGCGUUACGAUGAUAAACGUAGCUGAACACGAAAAAAAUAUACCUUGUUUGUCCGAGUCUGAGAUAUUCAGAUUGGCUCGGUUGGGCAUAUCCCAAGAGAAACUGUGGGGCGCGGCAAGAGAUAUAGAAUGGGCAAUAUACAAUGAUGAUAUAUUUUUGCUUCAAGCGCGCCCGAUCACGUCUCUAGAGCGAUGGACAGAGGAGGAACUCUUACAUGAGCUUGACUUUCCAAUUAUGUCCGAUGAUGAACUCGUCACGUUCGCCAACACCGGCGAGGUCCUACCGAAGCCGCUAACAGCUUUAAGUUAUGACGUUGUAUUUUUACCGUUGGAGAGGGGCGUGAGCUCCUUAAUACGAACCAACGGUGACGGCUACGAUAAAAACGUUAUUAUCACACACGGCAGGUGUGCUUUGGCAUCGUAUAAUGCAGUGUACCGUCGAGUUCCAAAGAAGAUAGAUGUGAAUAUUCGCAUGUUAGAAAUGGCAAUACACGGUCACAAGGUGGCGGACGAAGAUAUUUUCAACACGGCCUUGCACAGGAGACCUCCUCAAGUCACGGAUAAAAUUUUCGUAAUAUUUGAUAUGUUGAAGAGUUUAAUAACCUCGAAAUGGGCCAUGGAUGAUACGAUCAAGAAUGUAAACAUCAUGAACCUCAAUGUAGAUACAGAUGACCCAAUAGUAUUGUUAGAUACCAUCACUGGGAUGGAGGGCGACAUCUACCAAUACAUGAGAAACCACGGCUCCACGAGUGUUGCGAGUACUUUCAGUCAAUUCAUUGCUAUGACAGUUUUGUUAGAAGGAAGAUCAGAUUUUUCACCGGAAGAAUGCAAUGAAAUUAGUACGUUGCUUAGUUCAGGAGACGUACUAUCAGCUGAAGUACCGCAUGCAUUUUCUAAAUUAGUUCGAAAACUGGACAAACUUGGAAAGUUUCAAGAAUUUAGAGAACAAAAUCCUCAAACCGCUUUAACAUGGUUAAAGAACAAUGUUCCACGGGUUUACAAUGAUGUAUGUAACUUCUUAGAUCAACAUGGGCACAGAGCUAUUAUGGAAUUUGAUUUAUCAACAAAGCCAUGGGCUUUAGUACCAGAAGAUUUGAUGAAAGUUCUCAUGCAAAUGCGACCAUCGAAAGAAGACGUACAACAGAAGAAUAGUGAUGACAUCAUUGCUUCUCUAAAGACACCGAAAAAAUCGAGCACGAGGUCCGUGCUGCGCUGGGCGGUGCCGCUGUGCCGGCGCGCGGUGCGGCACCGCGAGGCCACGAAGGCGCACUUGAUCCUCGCCGUGCACAAGCUGCGCCUCGCCACGCGGCGCCUCGCGCGGCUGCUGGAGCGACGCUGGCUGCUGCCGCGCGCCGACCUCAUCUACUACUUCAGGGCGCACGAGCUGCGGGACUACGUGGCAACGAGGGAUCCCGCCUUGCUAAGAAAAGCGAUUCAACGUCAUCAGUUUUAUCCAUCGUGGUGCAAAAUGAAAUUUGCCGAAAUUCAGAAGGGGUGGCCGGAGCCUCUUAAUUUCGAAGGUCCAAAAAUUACAACUGGAGAAGUGAAAUUGACAGCUACUUCCGUGUGUGGAGGGGAUGUUAUUGCGAGAGCUUGUGUCAUAAAAGAUCUUUCAGAGAUAAACACAUUACAACAGGGAGACGUAUUAAUAACACAUUCCACGGAUAUAGGAUGGUCGCCAUACUUUCCUCUGUUAUCGGGGAUUAUUACGGAACUGGGAGGACUCAUUUCACACGGAGCAGUGAUAGCCCGCGAGUACGGUUUGCCUUGUAUUGUGGGCGCAAUGAACGCUACGGAGCUUUUUAAAACCGGAGAUAUGAUUCGACUAUCUGGAUUCGAGGGAGUUGUAGAAAAGAUCAGCGUUGUAGACGAAGCUGAAAUCAACACUAAGAAAGAUUAAAAGUUCAAAAUUGAGACGCUUAAAUAUUAUCGCACGCUUAAAUAAUAUCCAUAAAACAGGAUGGGGAUUAAAAAUUUAAUUACUAAAUUUUUGAUCCAAAGUAACAAACAGGUCAAGCUAAA